AUCUGCACUUUCACGUAAGAUAUUUAAAUUUAUUUCAACAACGUAUUUUUCUUCCAAUCAGCCAGCUUGCAAGACACAGCAUCCCUGCCACAAUGCGCGCAAACAUUUGCGCCUACCUUUUGUUACUUCUGGGUUUGGCCCUUCCAGUUCUAUCAGGCGUAUGCCCAGACCCUGGAAGGUUUCCGCCCACUUGCAGAUGUGAUGAGGACGUAGAAGAUGAAGAAGUGGAUGUCGCAAUCUCUUGCAGCGGUGCUUACAUUAAUGAACUGCACGAAUCCCUGAGACUGAUGGAUUCAAAGACCAGACUUGAAAUCCGAAUGGAAAAUAUGGAUCUACAGACUCUACCAUCCAGAAUUUUUGACUGGUGGUAUGUAGUGAGAAUUGAUAUUACUGAUUGCCAGUUGGAUAGCCUGGCACCACCAGGGGAGGUGGCAUUUUCUGGUUUGGAAGAUAAACUAGAAGUAUUAGAAAUAACCUCCAGUUUCAAUGAAAAGAACCAGCUCACUAGAAUUGAUCUAGGUCAUCUCCGCCAGUUGAGGGAGCUGGAUUUGGCUUACAAUACCAUCACCGAACUGAGUAAUGACUGGUUUGAUAGGGGCCCAACUUCACUGGCUGCUGUUUCUGUUUCUAACAAUAAAAUCCAAAGGAUGGGCGAUAGAGCUUUCGCUACACUCGUCAAUUUAGAACAACUGUCAAUAGAUGGAAACAGGUUCGGACCCAUCCGAAGAAGCAUGCUGCCUAGAACUGCCGAUCAACUGGAAAUUCUGGAGCUCGAUGAUAAUGCACUUACAAGUAUCCCUGACAAUCUCUUUACUGGCAUGCCUGCAUUGACAGAACUCACUAUCAGAACGAAUGGAAUCACACAUCUGCCAGAAAGGGCUUUCAAACCAAUUUGGUCUCAACUUGAAGUUUUCGAUGUCAGAGAAAAUCCUCUUGAAUGUGAUUCCACCAUGGAGUGGUUGUUCAAUGCUAGGACUCGAGCUACAAUUCUCGGCACUUGUCAAGGCCCACUUGGUAGGAAUGGUGUAGAGCUAGAAGAUUUCAUUCGAAACAGGGGACGCUGAUUACCAGGUUCUGCAGGAAAUGAAUUUUGUUAUUUCUUAAUAAAUCAAAAAUUAUUUGUUUGA